GAACUAUGAUAGAGAUAGGGAUAUAAAUGAUGUCAAUUACUUCCCCUCCCGUUUCUUCACGGAAAUGUCUCAUAUCGUGGGUGUCAGAAUGUGCUGAUAAACUGAAGAAUUGUGGGGUCCGAUUUGGUGAGGGCAGGGAUAGAACAGAACGGGACAGGCAUACGGCCCUGACGAAGGGCAAAGGGGCACGACCCUGUUGAUUCACUUGACUGGACUUCAUCUACUCGGAAGAAUUGCCGAAGAAUGUUAUAUAAACGGCGAUAGAGCCAGCCUAUCUACCCUGAUAUUCAAACACAAUCUAUCAGAGCUCUAAUAUCUAUCUUAAGAAAAGAAACAGCGCCGCUCGCUCUCAUACCUCUAUCAUCGCCAUCAAAGAAAGAGAACCAAGAUGCACUUCAUCAAAAGCACAGCGGUCCUCGCAGCCCUCACCUCUCUAGUCACCGCCGCACCGGCUUCAUCUUCAUCUCUAUCUCCAGCGCUAUCUCCCUCAUCCUGCACAACAAUCUACCCAACAAUCGCACGGGUCGACGAAUCCCUCCCCCAGGCAUCCUACCUCCCAGGGUUCCACGUCUCACAAGAAUCAUCCGGCUCCGGCAAACAAGACGUCUUCGCCGAAUUCACCGUCCCCGAAGGCGUCUGGGGCUGCACACUCUCCUACUACUUCCCAGCCGGCGAACCAGUACACAACAUCGGCGAGGGAAACGGCCCGCCCGCCGUGGAAGUCUUCUCCGUUACACCCGCGGGUUUGUUAAGCCGCACCCCGCGCGGAAUCGAUAUUUCUUGGGACAAUAGCCCCGCGAAGAAGAAUCUCGUUGGCAGUGUGCAGUUUGAGUCGAGUCCGUGGCAGGCGACGAGUCGGGUGGUCAAUAGCUUUGCUUGUGAGAGUACCAUGACGUACAGACUUAGUGUGUCUGAGGGACAGAUGGGCAGGGCGGGCGUGGAGUUUGUCCAGAGUGAGGAGGCCGGGUUGAGGAUGAGUUAUAACUGUUGAUUUCUUCUUCAUCGUUCGUUUCCUGUCAAUUGCUGGUGUUUAGUCGUGUUUUGUUGGUACAUAUGUGCAUUUGGCUGCUGUCUUGUCAAUGCGCACAACCAGACGAUAGCCAGUUCAGUUCAGUGUAUGUAAUUAACUUGAUAAUCCUAUCAUCUUGUUUUGUCAACCCGAGGCAGCGUCACGGCGUAGCAUUCAUAUGACACGCCCAGUAGAAGAUCACAUCCCUCGGGAUCUGCGCGGCCUCAGGCCGGACCUUCCUACCAUAUAGUCAUAAACCCCGAUCCGGGGGCUCGGUGUUUUGGGGGGUCAUGUGCCUAUGCACAUUCUCAAUACCGCC